AUGUUCGAAGUCUUCACUCAAGGCUUCUCAUUUUUAAAUCUUCUUUCAUUAGCUGCAUUUUUCACUACCGUUGGACUAUUCUUCUGUGGAAUCCCAAUUUGCCGACAAAUAUGGAAGCGAAAAGAUACGAAGGAAAUCUCUGGUGCUCCAUUUUUGAUGGGUGUUCUAGGUGGAUGCUGUUGGAUGACAUACGGUUACCUGAAAAAAGAUCAAACCGUAUUGGUAGUUACUGCAUGCCAGGUGAUACUGUACUCGUCGUAUACCGUCUUCUAUUGGAUAAUGAGCAGAAAUAAGCUAUGGAUAACGCUGAAAGUAGCCGCUGUGCUCACGUUAUGUACAACACUUAUCCUAUCGGUGAAAUUUUUCGGAAUGAAAGUGUUCCAUCCGUUGGGAAUCAUCUGUAUGACGUUAAAUAUUGCCGACUUUGCCGCUCCAUUAGCUGGAUUGCGAGUUGUGAUCCGUCGCGGUGCCACUUCCACACUUCCGCUACCACUUUGUAUCGCAAAUUUUAUGGUCUCCUCAGAAUGGUUCCUUUACGGACUUCUAAAGCAGGACGUCUACCUAAUCACUCCGAAUGGGAUCGGCUCAUUCUUGGCUGUCUGCCAACUAUUCCUAUUCGUAAUCCUACCACGUAAACCCGGACAACGAUCGCUAAUGUCGAAGAUGUUCCACUGUUGUGCGCCCAGCGAGAAGGAAACCGAUUUGGAAGCACCCACAAAAGAAAUUAUUCCCGAGAUCACCGAAGAGGAGGAGAAGGAGGACGAUGGUCACCUUACGCUAGCGCGUCGUUGGUCGAAAAAGGUGAUGGCCAACAUGAACAGCGUCGCCGAAGAGAUCGAGCAGGUCAUCGGCCGGGCUUCGAUCCAUCAUCAAGACCAAUUCAUGUACAGCCAAACUAUCGACGACGAUUACGUAUCCGAAAGGACGAUAGGAACAGUGGAAGAGAUUCCAGCAAAUAAAUUGCUGGAAGCGCUCAAGCAAGGGGAUCUUGUCCUCAAUCCCGGCACAUUGGCACAAAAACUCGGCGCUUCUUUGCGCCUCGAUCCAGACGCACAGGCGGCGAAAAUGCGCCGCGCUGUAAGUUCACCAGAUCUUAGCGACUGA